GCGUUUUCUUUUCUUCACCAACUCUCUCUCUAGAAAUCAUCACCUGUCUUUACAUUACUCGGUCAUCUCUCUCUCUCUCCUUAAAUAAACUAGAUCGUUUAUCAAUCCAUCGCUAAUACAUUUCACAGUUUGAAGUUCGAAAAAGUAGUCAGAAAAUGGCCCCUGUUUGGUUCUCUCUGGGCGGCUUAUUAGUCCUUUCCCUCUUCUCAUCCAUUAUUACCCUUUCUCUAGCUCAAACCCCUACCGCCCCUAUCCCUCCAGUCGCCCCUGCGCCAUCGCCGGACUCUGAUUCUUGCAAUGGAAUCUUCUUGUCAUAUGCCUAUACAGACGGCGAAAGGAUUCCUCCGAUCCUCAAAUCCAACCUGUCUGCGCAACCCUACCGGUUUGAAUCCACUUUGACCGUGCUUAACAACGGCCUUGAUGAGCUUAAAUCAUGGCAGGUCUUUGUCGGAUUUCAGCACAAAGAGUUGUUGGUGUCUGCUUCUAAUGCUGUCAUCACUGACGGGACUGUUUUUCCGGCUAAUGUCGGUAACGGGACUGUUUUUGCUGGGUUUCCUUCAACUGAUCUGAAAACAGCUAUUGACACCGCUGGUGACUUGACCCAGAUGUCUGUUCAGAUCAAUUUAGUUGGAACCCAAUUCGGAGUUGCAUCACCCAGUAUACCUAUGCCGGUGAAUAUAUCUCUGGUGAAUGAUGGGUUUGUCUGUCCUAAACCCACUAUGCAAGGAAGGAGACUAAUGGAAGUUUGCUGCAUCAAAGAUGUGAAUUUCAAAACAAACGUCACCUUAGACAAUGGAUUCCUUCCCCGGCAAAAGGGCGAUCUCACGAUAGUCUAUGACGUUCUCAGGACAUACGAAACAAGUUACUGGGCACAGGUCACAAUUGCGAACCAUAAUCCCCUCGGACGUCUGGAUUAUUGGAAACUAAGCUGGGAUUGGAUGGUGGAUGAGUUUAUCUUUGCCAUGAAAGGUGCUCAUACUUCUGUGGUCGAUUCAACCCCCUGCAUAUUCGGUAAACAAGGUCAGUUCUACAAAGACUUGGAUUUUUCAACUGUCAUGAAUUGCGAAAGAAGGCCAACAAUUGUCGACCUUCCGUUGGAUAGAGCCAACGACACAAAUAUCGGGAAGAUACCUCUUUGUUGUCGAAACGGCACAAUCCUACCGCCCCAAAUGGACUCGAGCAAAUCGGUUUCAGCUUUCCAGAUUAAUGUCUUUAAAAUGAGUCCAGAUCUGAACCGGUCUCAGAUUACCCCGCCCCAGAAUUGGAAGAUAAAUGGAACCUUAAAUCCCGAUUAUCAAUGUGGCCCGCCAGUUCGUGUCAGCCCGAGCGAAUUCCCAGACUCCAGCGGUCUUCCGGUGAAUUCAACUGCCGUGAUAAGCUGGCAAGUAGUCUGCAACAUCACACAGCCGAAGGGAGUAAGCCCGAGAUGCUGUGUUUCAUAUUCUGCGUUUUACAACGAAUCAGUCAUACCAUGUAAAACAUGCGCUUGUGGCUGCCCGGGUAAUUCUGGUCGGACAUGCAGCACAACUUCACCCGCCCUUCUCCUUCCCUCCCAAGCACUUUUAGUCCCUUUCGAAAACCGAACUGCGCUUGCUCUCGCCUGGGCUGAUCUCAAACACUUCCCCAAGCCCAAUCCACUUCCCUGUCCUGACAACUGCGGUGUUAGCAUCAACUGGCAUUUAAACGCAGACUAUACAAAAGGAUGGACUUCAAGGAUAACCCUCUUCAACUGGGAAGACAUACCCUUUGCCGAUUGGUUCGUUGCAGUUGAAAUGGGAAAAGCAUUUCCGGGUUUCGAAAAGGUGUACUCCUUUAACGGAUCGACAAUGGAAGAUGUUAACAAUACCAUAUUCAUGCAGGGGCUGAAGGACUUCAACUAUCUUGUAGCAGAAACCGAUUCGGUUGACCCUACAAAGAAUCCACGUGUGCCAGGUAAGCAACAAUCGGUUAUAUCGUUUACAAAGAAGCAAACGCCUGGAAUUAAUGUGGUUACGGGAGAUGGGUUUCCUACGAAAGUGUUUUUCAAUGGGGAAGAGUGUUCGCUUCCCACAGUUCUUCCUCUAAGCCAUGCUGUUUAUGAAAGGGCCUCAACCAUUUCGUUGCUCCUGUCGACAGCAGUAUUCUUGUUGUUGGUCUGGCAAUAGAUCGUUUUGCAGAUUAGUUGAUGAUAAUGAAAGGAUACACAUAAGAGCAGAAAUUGGAAAACAUUGAAUGAAGGUGGUAAUGAGUUAAGAAGUGGAUUAAUAUUGCAAAAUGAAAAGAGGGAUAUUCACAAUUGUUGUACAUGUUUGAUGAACCAUUUUAUUUUUGCGUUCUUGAUUCUUUGUAUUACUAUUACAAUAUACUACAAACAUCGUUUUGAUGAACUGAAAAUAGGAUUAUAACAUGUUUAGUGA